GUCCGUUCCUUUACAGCUACACAGCCGCAUAACGUGCGGAGGGUGACCAGAGUCGGUAUCCCCGCGCAAUGUCGCAAGAUGCAACAACUCAGCCAGACUCGCCCACGCCCGCGCUUGGGGCCGCAGACGAGAGCGACAUUCCACUGUUCCGCCGGUCGCCACACCCGUACUUGCGCCAUGGAGACGAGAUUCAGGGGCAGUCUCUAGAGCAGCCGCCCGCCCUGGCUCUGGGCCCACGAAGCCACUCCCACACAAGACCCGGCGAGGGUGGUAUGAAGAGGAGGGAACUGGCAUCGCAGUCGCCAAGCGAGAGUGGCACAGAGGCAGACGACGAAGGCUGCAACCUGGUAAAAGCACUGCCGGCGCCGCCCUUGCGCCCCCACAAGGGCCUUCGCAGUCUGCGGCCGAGAGAGACGGGAGGGUGGGCGAGUCCUCUCCUCACGCCCACGCAAAUCGACGACGAAGGAGGCAAGUUCUCCGACGGCUUCGUCAACGGGAGCCAGAGCCGCGAGAAGCGCAAAGGAAGUAUAUAUCACACAGACGAAGAGGCACGGGCAGCCAAGCAAAAGUACCUCCAACGGCGGCGGAAUGAAUUGUUAAGGCGAACGACGGAAACGGCCUUACUCGCUGGUAUUGGCAUCCUCGCGGUGCAUGGAUGCGAGUGCUGGAGCCAAUUGCUCGUGUGGCACAGAGUAGAGCUGAUGACGCAUGUCGGUGCUAUGACUAUCUUGCUCGCCCUAUAUCCCCUUCGCCUACUGUAUUACUCUUGGAAAAAACACUCGAAUCUCAAGCUUUGCCGUCGGAUCCAUAUACCAGCAGCCUUCGAUCCGGCGACUAUACUCUACCCACCAGUGCUGCCUGUACUAAUUGCCAUUUCGCUUUUCGCUUCGUCGCCGAAGCCUUUGCUUCCAAACAUGCUACUUGGUCUUGCUGCAUUACCCGCCAGGAUCAUUCCUUUCAAUCCUCCCGCCUUGGGCUAUUCAUCGCUUCAUUGGUUCAUCUCCAUCCUGCCACUGAUUGCAGCCGAAAACACCAGCAUACCGUCGAGACUAUCUGCACAGAAGCCGUAUAAGCUCAAACUACCCCCUCCGCAUCAGGGCAUGGAUCCAGAGCUUCUCGUCUGCCUGUUUCCCCUACAUCAGGCACUGCUGCCUGCUCUCUACUAUCUCACGACAACGAGCCUCUUGCCAGCAGAGCUGCACUUGCUGUCGAUUGGGCUCAUCAACCUGCUGCUGUUGUCUGACUCGCCGCAGGCAGUAAUACUGGCCAUCUUGCUGUGGGUGGGUGGGCUUGGAGUGUUUGGACUUUGCGGGCACGUGCUCAAGUGGGGCGUCACACUGGCACGCAUCCCUCGUUGGAAGCUGAGACGCGCUGGGCAGGUGAUUCGCGCUCGUCAGACCUUUGUCCAGCUGCUGAACAAGAGCUUGGGAUCUAAACGCAGCCGGGGUGACGCAGCGGGCAAAGGCAGUGACAGCGAUGCCGAUGAAGAUGACGUCGUGCGUGGAAAUAGGACCGAACGCCUCCAACUUGACAGGCUUCAGCCCAGCAAAAAUAGUGGCUUGUCUCACACUGAUAGAGCAGAGCCGCAGUCGGCCACGGAGGCAACCAACAUGGGCUUUGGCAAAGUCAAUAGUAACGCAGAGGAAACAUGCGGCACGCGACAUGUACGAAGAAACACGAUGCCUGUCGUUGCAGCUGAGAGCCACACGGAACAGCACAGAUACUCGCAUCGAAAGCGAUCCAGAUCGAUAGCACAGUCGUACCUGUCGCUCACACCUGUGCAAGCAACCAUGAGGAAGUGGCUCUAUGCAGCCUACUUCUACGUAGUGGUUUUGAUACUGAUCCUGGGCCCGAUCCGCUACGCCGUGGGCAAAUACGCACUGCACAAUCAUGAGCCAUUUGGAUGGGCCAUUGGCUACCUUUUUGGCAAUAUACCAACGGUACGAUGGAAAGUGUUUGAAUGGAACCUGAACGGGUGGGUGCCACUACCACCAAGGCUGGACGCUGACGAAAUGGCGCAACGAAUGCAAGGCUUGUCACGGGCAGAGGGCAUGAGGCAGGCCAUGUUUGGAGAGGCCAAUACUCGGCUCGUGCUCUGCGUCUACUGCCUGGCGACUAUCAUGGCUGGUCUGAUUUCGGUGUUUUCACUGUCAGCUGUGGUGGAAGUGGACACGCGGCGCAAAGUGUUCCACGGAACCAUGGUGGCCAUGCUGCUGCCGACCAUCUACGUCGACCCGUGUUUUGUGGCACUGGCGCUUGUGCUGGUACUUGCCAUUUUCCUCUUGCUGGAUCUGAUUCGGGCGUCGCAGCUUCCACCGCUGUCGAAGCCGAUUGCUAGAUUCCUCACGCCGUACGUGGACGGGCGUGAUCUACGGGGACCGGUAGUGGUGUCACACAUCUUUCUUCUGAUCGGGUGCGCGAUACCGCUGUGGCUGUCGCUGGCUGGCGUUGAGCGGAUAUCAGAAGAGCCAUGGAAGGACUGGGGCGUGGGCAAGGCAGAUGUCAGCAUGGUGUCAGGGGUGGUUUGCGUGGGCAUGGGGGAUGCAGCCGCAUCGCUCAUCGGGCGGCGCUACGGGCGUCGUCGAUGGCCAUGGGCAGGGGGAAAGUCACUCGAAGGGUCGCUGGCGUUUGCGGUUGCGGUGACUGUGGGUCUCGUGAGCAGCAAGGCGUGGUUGUGCCUUGGAUGGAGGCAUGACGGGGGCAGGCAGACGACUGGAGGCGCCGUGAUCAUGGACGCGGUGGUGACGCUGGGCAAAGCAGCAAUGUGCGCGGCGGGAGCGAGCCUGAACGAGGCGGUGCUCACGGGCGGCAACGACAACGUGAUUGUGCCGGUGGUGCUGUGGGUUCUUGUGCGAGGGGUCAGGCUGUAGGCGUGGGUGGGUGUGGGUGUGUGUGUAGGAGGUGAAGCACAUGGCCGGGGGCUACGUCAUGGCAGUUGAUGGGCGGGCUAGCGUGCCGUCGCCAAGCCAAGCCCAGCCGGUAUUAGCGUGUAGCGUGCAGCGUGCGUGUGCGCGUGCACGUGCACAGUAGGCCGUGUGUGGCAGUCGGCCUCGCAUCUACUUGCAUGUACGUACUGGUACUACUCCUACUGCUAUGACUACUGCUGGCUGCUACAUGCAGACAGG